UAUUCCUGCACUGUAUACCAUCCACGAGACCCCACCUGGACGACCCCCCCUCAAUCAGCGAGGGCUGGGGGGGACGCAUCACUGACUAUCAGAUAUCGGCUAGUGGCAUGGCAAUAUGCACAUAUCAGUUUUAAGUUUAUAGUUGCCUAUAUAAUAGCUUCAUGGAUUACAAACAGCCAUUAUUGCUGCACGUGUUUUGACUCACAUGCAGAACUUCAGUGAGCUGGUCAAGGAGAAAUCACUGGCCCCUACUCCAGUGGACAAGACAAAGAUACCCAAGGUCUACCCGGAGCAGAUUGCUCUGAGCAAGUUGGAACACGCCACUCGUCACUGGCCCAUGGUCUACGCAGACACACUCAUCUACACACUCACACAGGAGCUGGACUGUCUACUGGCUCUAAUCAAACAAGAGACCAUGUCAGACCCACAGCUGGAGCAAUUAAUGCAGACAGGUGAUCACUCAGCUGUAUGAGAAAGAGAAAGCCAACGAGCCGCUGUCAAUACCGACUGGUGGCAGGAACAAAGGGGUUAAGAGAGAUGAACAGUAUCGUAGUCUGUGGUCGGAGCUAGAGGACUUGGCACACAUGUACAGCUCCAACUCUGAGAGGCAUCGUCACUUGCUAGAGUUCCUCCUUCAGAUGACCUCCCGUUGUCCGAGCAUGCAGCUGCCCAGGAAAACACCUCCCGUCAAGACAGAAUGGCAGUACAGCCACUGAGAGUUCUUCAAAUUGGAGGGAUGUGGAAAAGUGAUCACUCAUUAUAUGAGAAAGAGAAAGCCAACGAGCCACUGUCAAUACCGACUGGUGGCAGGAACAAAGGGGUUAAGAGAGAUGAACAGUAUCGCAGUCUGUGGUCGGAGCUAGAGGACUUGGCACAUAUGUACAGCUCCAACUCUGAGAGGCAUCGUCACUUGCUAGAGUUCCUCCUUCAGAUGACCUCCCGUUGUCCAAGCAUGCAGCUGCCCAGGAAAACACCUCCCAUCAAGACAGAAAAUGGCAGUACAGCCACUGAGAGUUCUUUAAAUUGGAGGGAUGUCGAAAAGCACUCCAACGAUAGAGGUGGAAGGUCAGUCAAUGGCUCAGACUAUAAGUGGAACAUGAGGACACAGGAAGGUCACAGACCACACCCACUGGUGGACGGAGGACUGCCCACACUCGCUAAACCUGGAGACUCGUUACUGUCAAUGUGGACAAACAGGAAACGUGUCGCAGCUGAUGGCUGUCAUCAAGAGUUUGCCAGCCGUAGCUAUGGUGAAUCAAAGAUUGAGCUUUACAAGAACUUGAGAACUAGCAAUGUUGCACCAUUACUAGAUCAUGAAUGAACAAACACUCUACAUCUGUGUGUUGUGCAUUUGCUGUUGUUGUUGUGGAGAUAAAUUUAUUGACAAUGAACCAAAAUCCAUAAACUAGCGUGCAU